AAAGAUUACCGGUAAUUAAAACCUUAUUCCUCAUGUUAUGAUGCCGACAAAAUGAAUGUGACAAAUCAGCAAAAAGCAUAUAAAGAGCAUAAUAAAACAAUUUCCAUCUCUUAACGGCCCAACAACAACACUCAACCCGCGCAAGAUGCUAUUCCAAGUUGUUGCAGCACUCUCCCUUGUGGUGGCAAGGACAGCUUGUCAAACCUACAAUGGUUCAACCACAAUUCAUUUCACUACACCUGCCGGUGAUUACACUUCAGUUUUACCGAUCGGUAACGGUCGAUUAGGUAUCACGAUGUAUGGUUCAGCGGCCGAAAAGUUGGUUUUAAACGAAGACUCAAUUUGGAAUGGAAACUUUCAAAAUCGUGUAAAUCCAAACGCAAAAGCUGCUUGGCCAAAAGUACGACAAGAUCUUCUUGAUAAUAAAUAUAAUGAAGCAGGAAAUUAUGGUCUAGCAAACAUGGUUCCAGAAAACGAUGAGCCAGGAGUUUAUAAUACUGGAGGCUACUUGACCGCUGAUUUAGGUCAAAAUCAAAAUAGUAUGGCAGAUUAUACUCGUUGGUUAGAUACCAUUAGUGGAAUCACGGGUGCAAACUAUACCUACAAUGGUGUUCAAUUCAGUCGAUUGGCAGUUGCAAGUUAUCCAGACAACGUUUUGGCAAUCCGAUUCUCUUCCGAGCAACCAUUCGAUGCUACACUUGCUCUGGGCCGUGAUGAAAACGUAUACAAUAAAACUGCCAGUACCAGUAAUGGAAUGAAUCAACUUUUGACAUAUGCCGGAAGUGGAUCAUCCCCUGGCGGAUUGGAUUUUGCCAUGCAGGCUCGGGCUGUAGUUGAUAGUGGAAGUGUCAGCGUUGAUUCAAACACUCUCAAAGCUUCUGGCAUGAAGACUUUGGAUGUUUUCAUGGAUAUUCAAACUACAUACCGUGAAUCUGACUAUAAAGGUGCAACUGAUACAAGCCUGGAUGCAGCAGUUUCUAAAGGUUUUGAUACGAUUCGCAAUAAUGCAGUACAAGAUCAUUCAAAUUUGCACAAAAGUAUGCAACUGUCUUUUGGAUCUUCAUCUAACUCUGCAAUCACUCAAAAUACUACCGAUCAAAGAUUAGCCGCUUUCAAGAAUAGCCCAGAUGAUGAUAUCGAAUUGAUGACUUUGGUGUACAAUUUCGGUCGUCAUUUGAUCAUCGGAUCAUCACGUCAAGGUAACAAAGCUUUGCCAGCAAAUUUGAUGGGACUUUGGUGGAACACAAAUUCGCCACCAUUUGCAGGUCGUUUUACUAUCAACAUCAACAUUGAGAUGAAUUAUUGGGCCGUAGGAGCUGGUAACCUUGCACCUGAAACCCAAAUGAGUCUAUUUGAUCUCAUGGACGUCGCACGUCCUCGUGCUCUUCAAAUGGCAAAAGAUAUGUAUGGAAUCGAACAAGGACUGGUCAUGCAUCACAACACAGAUCUGUGGGGAGAUUCAGCUCCGACCGACAACGGUACAGAAUAUACUUUGUGGCCAAUGAGCGCUCCAUGGCUUUCAACACAUUAUCUCGAACAUGUAAGAUUCACAAAUGAUUUGGACUUACUCAAGAAUCGUGCUUUGCCUUUCAUGCUGGAUACAGCUGCAUUCUACGACACCUUCUUGUUCGAGUAUAACGGAAGUAUGGUGACUGGACCUUCCCUUUCUCCCGAAAAUCCAUUUUAUAUGCCAAAAGAUUCCGAUUCACCAGGAACACAAACUGGAAUGGACAUUGCGCCCGCGAUGGAUAAUCAAUUGCUCUGGCAACUGUACAAUGACAUUGAUGAAGCGUACUCCUUAUUGGGAGAUCCUAAUAAUAGCAACGCUACGAAGUAUCGCGCUUUGCAAGCCAAAUUGCGACCAAACUUCAUUGGCUCAUACGGUGAAAUCCUUGAAUGGCGUUACGAGUAUGUUGAUGCCGACCCAGGACACAGACAUCUUUCACCUUUAUGGGCUUUGCAUCCUGGAAAACAAUUUUCACCGCUUCUCAACGAAACGCUGGCAAAUGCUUCACGUAUUCUGUUGGAUAACCGAAUGAUAAACGGUGGUGGCAAUACUGGUUGGUCUCGUGCAUGGGUUUCUGCUUCUUAUGCUCGAUUACUUGACGCUGACACUUCUUGGGCAAAUGCACAAGAAACAUUGAAACAUUUCCUAUUGGUCAAUUUAUGGAAUACGGAUUCUGGUUCAGGGACACCUUAUCAAAUUGAUGGUAACUUUGGUUUUCUUUCUGCUAUUCAAGAAAUGAUUAUGCAAAGUCAUACAGGUACAGUUCAUCUCUUACCAGCUCUUUCGUCAAACGCAGCUAAAGCCGGUGGAAGUGUGACCAAUAUGCUUGCCCGUUAUGGAUUCUCGGUCGAUAUGGAAUGGGAUGAAGGACCAAAGCUUAAGCAAGCAGUCAUUACCUCCAAUUUAGGUAACGAACUCACUUUACGUUUGACCAACGGAACGGCCAUUAAUGUUGAUGGAAAUGCUUACAAGGGACCAGUGAAGACCAGUAAAGGACAAAAGUUGACCGUCACAUUAGCUUAAGAGGGGGGACAGUGAAGGCUAAAUCAUUGUUCAUAAGCCAUUUAAUUAAUGUAGUCAGCAUAAUAUAUUAUUUAUUCUCC